GGUUUCGUUUUCCCUCUGUGACGUCACAGGUGGACUGAGGUUCAGUUUUGUUUCUCUGUCACAGCUGCAGAGGUUUUAAAGAGCCGGAGCUGCGGGACGCGCCUCACAUGCACCAUGUUUUCCUGGGGAGAGGACUGUCACCGGGUCUUCUGGUCCAAACACCCCCCUGUGGACGGGUCAGCGGAGGCCAGGGUUCACCAGUUUAACCCGGGUUAUCUCAUCCGGGGCCUGUCUGCAGGGCACAGUGUGCUCAGCUUCAUCAAGACCAACGGAGAUGCUUUUAUCAUCCGGACACACGAGAACAAGGACGGAAGAAGAGUCCGAGGGAAACAGAAGUUCGUGGAGUGCAGAGAGAAGCUCCGGGCUGUGAGCUGCACUGAUGACGUGGUGUCCCUGCUGACUGACAGCGGCUCGGUCCUCUGUGUGGACACAACGCGCCCCCCCUUCACACCAAGGCCGAUGAAGGAGUUGUGUAACAUACCUGUUUGUCAGGUGGCGUGUGGGAGUCAACACUCAGUCGCCCUGACUCAUGAUGGCCGGGUGUACACGUGGGGUCAGGACUCCAGGGGCCAGCUGGGUCUCGGGCAGGGGAAGCCCUUUGCCAACUCACCCCAGCAGCUCCGCUCCCUUUCGUCCACCCCGCUGGUUCAGGUCGCCGCGGGGGGGGAGCAGAGCUUCGCCCUCUCUGUCAGUGGAGGUGUGUUCGGCUGGGGCAGAAACGACCGUGGGCAGCUCGGGCUGGGAGACACAACAGACAGACGGACACCAGCUGCUGUUAAAGGUCUGAACAUGAAGGGAACUGUUCACAUUUCCUGUGGGAAGGAUCACACUGCUACUCUAACUAAGGGUGGUGCUGUGUUUACGUUCGGCUCGGGGCAGUUCGGGCAGCUCGGGCACAACUCGUUCUCUGAUCAGCUCCGUCCUCGUCUUGUUGCCGAGCUGUUGGGGGCAAAGGUCACAGAGAUCGCAUGUGGACUAAACCACACGUUAGUGUCCACAGAAGCCAAGAAGGUUUACUCCUUUGGGUGUGGAGAGCAAGGGCAGCUGGGACACGGAGACGAGAGUCAUCCCUCUGUGCCGCUCCCCGUUCAACUGUCACAAGGCAGCAGUGAUGGUCCCGAUAUUAGAAACAUCUUCGCAGGAGGAAACUGUUCAUUUGCAACAAUCUCGUCUAACGAGGAAGCUCAUGAGGAGCCAAACAAUGACGGGGUCAGUAAUGCCCCACAGUCUUGUCUUGAUGACAUGAUCGACAAAUGGACGUCUGAAUGUGAUGCAAAAACCUGGAAAAAGAUAAAACAGGAAAUCCACAGGACUUUUUCCACAGCAUCUUGUAUGAAUCAAAGUUUCCUGGAGAAAAGAAAAGACAAACAUUUCCAGACCUCAUCAAAGUACCAUGGCAUGAACUUGUCACUUGCACGACUCGCUUUCAAGAGACUGGUGAGGAAGGACGAUGUUUUGUCAGAGAUGGUGGCUGCUGUCCUGAAGCUGCUUCCCUCUUUUGAGGAUCCAGUGGGAGUGGAGGGGUUGAGGAUCUUCUUGCUUCUCAAUGAUCUUCUUCACGUGAUCCAGAAGCUCCAUCGACCACAGAGCACCGAGCUCGCUCAGGCCGUCGCUGCUGCCGUUCUGAAGCUGUCUGCUGAGAACCUUCAGGUCAUAGGAAACUGGUGGACGACACUGUCAGCCUCCACCAUAUCUGCAUAUGUUAGGGUUUGGAAGAAAGCCCUCUCAGACCUGCUGCCCUCAAGCCUUGUUCUUCCCCGCUCCAGCUUCAGAAAUCUGUUACAAGUCCUCCAGUACAUGUACAAUGCCAACAGCAGGACCUCAGAGUCUCAAAGGCUGCCAGACAGCGACUUCUAUUUGCUCAUGGACCCAAUCUUUCUUGGUUUGGAUCUGCGUCAAUGGACUUUACAGACGAAACAGAGGAUGAUGGAUGCUGAGCCUCUUAUCGUUGGUAGAUUUCCAAUUGUGAUGGAUCUGACGUCAAAGAAAUUGAUUCUUGACACGUAUGCUGAAAUCAUCAAGCAGGAAUCAUACAAUAAGAUUGGGUGGAAUUUCUACUGCAUGUAUGGACCAGAUUAUCUGCUUGCCGAAGAUGCGCUUUUUAGACUGAAGCUGAGACGAGCAUCCAUUUCAGAAGACACUUUUGAACAACUGGAUGCUGUUCUUCACAAGGAAUACAAAAAAAGACUUGAGAUCUUUUUUGAUGCGAACUUUACGCGAAGCAUUGUCAACAUCAGAGACUUUUUUCAUGACGUCUUUCACGAGCUGGUAUCCGAAAAAUCAGGGAUGUUCACUUUCAAUGACUCCGGAACACUUGCAUGGUUCCCUUCCAACGCAACACACGACCACCACAGGUACUUCCUGUUCGGAGUUCUGUGUGGAUUGGCUUUGCACAACCAGUGCAUCAUAUACCUACCAUUCUCAAUGGCUCUGUUCAAGAAGCUGCUCAGUGUGAAGCCUUCGCUGGAGGACCUAAUGGAAUUCAGUCCAGACGUCGGAAAGAGUCUGCUGUCCAUCCUGGAGGAAUAUGGAGACAAAGAGUUGGAAAGCCUGGGCUUGGAUUUUUUAAUCAGCUGGGAUGGGACAGACGUUGACCUUGAUCCCACAAACCCUGAAAAAACUGUGACAAGUCAAAACAAGAAGGAGUUUGUGGACGCCUACGUGAAUCACGUCUUCAACACAUCUGUGGAGAGUGUGUUUCUGGAGUUCAAGCGAGGCUUCUACACGGUUUACGACCAGGACUUGUUGAAGGUGUUGCGACCAAAGGAGCUGCAGGAAGUCCUGCAGGGCAAAGACUUCUGUGACUGGAAAACACUGAAACAGAACACACUUUACGAACCGCCGUACCAGGUUGACCACCCCAACAUGCAGAUGUUUUGGGAGGUUUUUGAUGAACUAACCGAGGAUCAGAAGAAGAAGUUCCUUUGGUUUGUGACUGGUUUUGAAAGGUUGCCCAUUCUUGACAAUAAGAGCAUGAUCAUCAGGCUCAAGAACGUCGGUGACGUCUCUCAGGACCAGUUCUACCCUGAAGCACUCACGUGCCACUCUUUUCUGGAUCUGCCCCUAUACUCAACCAGGGAGAUAAUGAAAACCAAGCUGACAGAGGCCCUGAGCAACAGUAGGGCGGAACGUAGUGAAAACACUUUAUAAAUCGACCAAACACAAUCCAUUGUACUGUACCUGCACCUGUUUACUGGGUCACAUGACAGGUUUACAUUUCUUAAGAGGGCGUGUGGACUAAGUGGUUGUAUAAAAAAAUGAAUGCCUCAAAGUAAAAAAUACAUGUAUGUAGAGAAGUCUUAUAUAAAUAGGGGAGAUAAAUAAUUUUGUAUAUGUUUUUCCACGUACAUUAUUUAAUUCAACUGCAAAUUUGUCCUGGGAACUUGUAGAAAGUACAUGCAUGUGUGCACAGCAGUCACUUUUUUUAUUCCUGUUAUAGUUUUCAUUGUUCAAACUUUUUAUUUAGGGAGCCUGCAUUAACUGUAAAGAAAAGGUUCUAUUUGUGCCAAUCUUCGAAAGAAAUGUUUAUUCUCUGUGAGGCGGGCGAUAAAUCAAAAAAGGAGAUCCAAUAUGCUUUGAGUGCCUUAAAUGCCGUAAAGCUUCUAAUUGAUCCAAGUCUUUCAGAGCAUUUAAAAGUAAAUUAACAGCAACUAACGACCUAUUGAUCGAACGAUGACCAUUCUUGGAUAUAUAUGUGAUUUAACACUAUUGAUUUUGAUAUUGUCUGUAAACUGUUGACUGGAUUACUCAGGUUGGAUGUAGAGCAAUAUUAGUAUCUUUCAUAAACGAUGGGAUUUUAUUAUGUUGAGUAACAACUGCUGUCAUCCUUCGAUUGUUCGUGAUGUGUUUUUUUUUCUUCGAAUUCUGGAUUAAAACCUGUGUUAUAAUAAAAAAUAAUAAAAGAAAUCUGACAUUUGGUUGAAUAACUUAAUACUUAAGUCGUUUUUAUUUUUGAACUCCUGGGUGUUGAUGUGUUGCAGGUAAAUGUGUAUUGUUGACAGAGAGAACUUUACCACUAGAGGCUCCCAUUGUGCUGCUGGUUGUGUUUGGUUGAACAAAGAGGGAUGUGAUCAGCUGGUGACAGAGCAGAGAAAAAGCUUUUCAAAUGUAUAAACCUCCAGAUGUGGGUCAAUGAAAGAGACAAAGAAAUAAACUUUA